GUAAAAUAAAGACUCCGUCAGUAGCACAGAUCGCGUUUCUUUCUCUCUCUCGAAGUCUUUCUCUCAGGGGAGGCUCUGUCUCCGCCAUUAUCUUUUUCGAUUCCGGUUUCAAAAACCCUAAUUUCAUUUCAAUUUUGUUUUCGGCGUAAAAAGAAAAUGUCAGGCAAAGGAGCAAAAGGAUUGAUUACAGCAGGCAAAUCAACACUUAACAACAAAGACAAAGACAAGAAAAAACCCGUCUCUCGUUCCUCUCGCGCUGGUCUCCAGUUUCCCGUGGGAAGGGUUCACCGACUAUUGAAGACCAGGGUAUCUGCAAAUGGACGGGUCGGGGCAACAGCUGCUGUCUAUACAGCAGCUAUAUUGGAGUAUUUGACUGCUGAAGUGUUGGAGUUGGCGGGGAAUGCAAGCAAGGAUCUGAAGGUGAAACGUAUAACACCGAGGCAUUUGCAGCUUGCUAUUCGGGGAGAUGAAGAACUUGACACCCUCAUAAAGGGAACUAUUGCUGGUGGUGGGGUUAUUCCGCACAUUCAUAAAUCACUCAUUAACAAAUCCUCCAAGGAGUAGUGUAAUACAUUUUCAUCUCCCCUGUCUUGUGUUUGUAGUUCAAAAGCUGUUAAAAAAUGUAUGAGAAACUGUGGUAAGCAAGGAACCCAAUUGUGCUUUCAUAAUCCUUUUUCAUCAGUGAAGCAGGGACCUGAAUGUUGUUUGGAAAAGCAGUUUACUUUCCAUUGA